ACCGGGGUGGCCUUGUUCCGAGGUCACCUUCCCGUGUGACUCCUGUCCCGUCGCGGUGGGACGCGCUUGACCGAGUCGCUAUCUCGCUCUCCCUUGUCUUUGGAACCCGGCCGGUCUCCUGCGGUUGGAUGCGCUCGGCGCUCCCCGCCGCCUGGCCGUGGUUGGAUGCGCUCGGCGUUCCCCGCCCGCCUGCCGCGGUUGGAUGUACUCCGCGCUCCCCGCCUAGUCUUCCAAUAGUUGGACGCCCUCGGCGCUCGGCGGUCUGCUUGUCUGCGCACGCGCGCGCGCAUGCACGCACGCACGCACGCACGGUGGCACGCUCGCCUCUACGCCCCUCGCUUCCGGUCGCGGCGGCCUCCGCGCCGCCGGUCAAGACCGACCGCCGGGUACCGGAGGGGCAUGCGGCGCUGAGGAGGGGCGGACCCUGCGGCGGCGCCAUGAACCUCCUGCCGUGUAACCCGCAUGGCAACGGGCUGCUGUACGCCGGCUUCAACCAGGACCACGGAUGCUUUGCGUGUGGGAUGGAGAAUGGAUUUCGAGUCUACAACACUGAUCCACUCAAAGAGAAGGAGAAACAAGAAUUUUUAGAAGGAGGAGUUGGCCAUGUGGAAAUGUUAUUUCGCUGCAACUAUUUAGCUUUAGUUGGUGGUGGAAAAAAGCCAAAAUACCCUCCCAACAAAGUGAUGAUCUGGGAUGACCUGAAGAAGAAGACCGUCAUCGAGAUAGAGUUCUCCACCGAGGUCAAGGCUGUCAAGUUGCGGCGAGAUCGGAUCGUGGUGGUCCUGGACUCCAUGAUCAAGGUGUUCACCUUCACGCACAAUCCCCACCAGCUGCACGUCUUUGAGACCUGCUAUAACCCUAAAGGCCUCUGUGUCCUGUGUCCCAACAGUAAUAAUUCCCUUUUGGCCUUCCCGGGUACCCACACCGGCCAUGUGCAGCUCGUGGACCUGGCCAGCACUGAGAAGCCGCCCGUGGACAUCCCCGCCCAUGAGGGUGUCCUGAGCUGUGUUGCUCUCAAUCUGCAGGGCACAAGAAUCGCAACUGCAUCUGAAAAAGGGACCCUUAUAAGAAUAUUUGAUACUUCAUCAGGGCACCUGAUCCAGGAGCUGCGGAGAGGAUCCCAAGCGGCUAACAUCUACUGCAUCAACUUCAAUCAGGAUGCUUCUCUCAUCUGUGUGUCCAGUGACCACGGCACAGUGCACAUUUUUGCAGCUGAAGAUCCAAAGCGGAAUAAACAGUCCAGUUUGGCAUCAGCCAGUUUCCUCCCCAAAUACUUCAGUUCCAAAUGGAGUUUCUCCAAGUUUCAGGUCCCCUCAGGCUCUCCAUGCAUUUGUGCCUUUGGAACAGAGCCGAAUGCGGUCAUUGCAAUCUGUGCCGAUGGCAGCUACUACAAGUUCCUGUUCAACCCCAAGGGCGAGUGCAUCCGGGAUGUGUACGCGCAGUUCCUGGAAAUGACUGAUGACAAGCUGUGACUUCGCCAUGAGCAGGCUGCGCUUGCUGCCUAGUGCCCCGGUCUCCUGGGGCUGGUGCCCGUGCCCCGGAGCCUCAUGGGAACGGGGCUGGAGGACUGCCCAGGACCUCAGUCUUGAAGCCAUACGUGGUUCUCUGCCUUCCUGAGAAGGGCCUCCCAUUUCCCGUAUUAAAGAGAAUGCUCAUCACCACACCUGGACAUGCAGUGGCUCUGGGCAGCCCACACUCGCCUGCCAGCCACUGCCCUUUAGCUCAGCUGUGACCUUCGCUAGCUCCAGCACAUCCUCUAUUGAUGGGCUCCAUCCCAGCCUAGGGACAGGGCUGCCCAGGAGGGGCACAUUGAGGUCUGUUCCUGUGACAGAUGUGUUGUUUCUCUGAGAAGCAGCCCAGUGUGUGGUCAGCAGUGCGUCACCACCUGAAGCCCGCGCCUGCAGUCCUGGCGCUCUGGCACAUCUCCCUCGGGAGCAGUCUGCUCUGUGCCUCCAGGGGCUGUGCCCACCCUGUCGGAGCCAUCAGGGUGAGGCAGACACCCACCCUCCUGCACAGAGCUGUGUCCUUACCUGGGGGAGGGGCUGUGGUGCUUCCCUACCAUCUGUGGGCACAGCAGCAUAGUCUCCGGAGUGGUCCGUGGAGGGCACCGCUGCUGUGGGCAGCAGCACCCGCGGGCCCCGUGGGUCCUGCGGGUGUGGAGGGAGAUGCCUCCGCCGUCCCGCCCACUCCCCUCUCCUGCCACCCCCCACCCCCCCCAGCACUUGUGAGUAGCUGCACACUAACCUGGGAGCCAAAGGCUCUUGCCGUUUUUAACACUUGGUGACUGCGAUAGGUCGUGGGCUCCACACUGUGCUGUUGAGCUAUAUGUUAUUUUCUUAAAUUCCUGUUAGAGGAGCUUACUUCUGUGGUUUUGAUUUUAGGUUGCAAACUUUUAAAAUCUGCAUAGCGGCAAGUUACUGUUUUGCCGGUUCCUUUGCUGUCCUGUGGUCCGCUGUCUGUGAGUUCCCAUGUCAAGUAUGCAUGUUACCUAUGUGUGUUUAAUCAUGAACUUUAAUUUUGCACACUUAUUUGUACGGUUUCUUUAAAUAAAAGUGACUAAUUUUGUUGUA